AUGGAUGCUAUGCUACCUUCCUUCGGAAGCUCCAAGAAGGCUCUCCUUCUUGGAGCCGGUUUCGUCACACGUCCUACUGCUGAAAUCCUGAGCAAUGCCGACAUCUCGGUUACUGUUGCCUGCCGCACCCUUGAGUCGGCCAAGAAGCUCUGCGAGGGCCUCAAGAACUGCAGCCCCAUCUCUCUCGAUGUCAACGACUCGGCCGCCCUCGAGCACGAAGUUGGCAAAGUCGGCGUUGUCAUCAGCUUGAUCCCUUACACCUACCACGCUACUGUCAUCAAGGCCGCCAUCAACCAGAAGAAGCACGUCGUCACCACUUCAUAUGUCUCUCCUGCCAUGCUCGAACUCGACGCCGCCGCAAAGGAGGCUGGCAUCACCGUCAUGAACGAGAUCGGUCUUGACCCCGGAAUCGACCACCUGUACGCCGUCAAGACCAUUGACGAGGUCCACAAGGCUGGUGGUAAGAUCACCAGCUUCCUCAGCUACUGUGGUGGUCUGCCCGCCCCAGAGUGCAGUGAUAACCCUCUUGGCUACAAGUUCUCAUGGUCCAGCCGUGGUGUCUUGCUCGCUCUCCGCAACCAAGCCAAGUACUUCCAGGACGACAAGAUCGUCGAAGUCGCUGGCCCCGAGCUUAUGGCUACCGCUAAGCCAUACUUCAUCUAUCCUGGUUACGCUUUCGUCGCAUACCCCAACCGUGACUCAACUCCUUACAGAGAGCGCUACGCCAUCCCCGAGGCCGAGACCAUCAUCCGUGGUACUCUGCGUUACCAGGGUUUCCCUGAGUUCAUCAAGACGCUUGUCGACAUGGGCUUCCUCGAUGAUGCCGAGAAGGAGUUCUUCAAGCCCCUCGACAGCGCCCCCACCCUCACCUGGAAGGAGGCCACCGCUCAGCUCUUGGGAAGCAAGAGCUCCAGCCAGGAGGACCUCAUCUGGGCCAUCAGCUCAAAGACUAGCUUCGCUGACAACGACCAGAAGGAUCGCAUCAUCAACGGUCUUAAGUGGAUCGGACUCUUCUCUGACGAGAAGAUUGAGCCCCGCGGUAACCCUCUCGACACCCUCUGCGCCACUCUCGAGAAGAAGAUGCAGUACGAGGAGGGCGAGCGCGAUCUCGUCAUGCUCCAGCACCGCUUCGGCAUCACCCACGCCAACGGUGCCAAGGAGGUUCGCACCUCCACCCUGGUCGAGUACGGUGACCCCAAGGGUUACAGCGCCAUGGCCAAGCUUGUCGGUGUCCCUUGUGCUGUCGCCGUUCUCCAGGUUCUCGAGGGCAAGAUUACCCAGAAGGGUGUUCUUGCUCCCAUGAGCCCCGAGAUCGUCGAGCCUCUCAGACUCGAGCUCAAGGAGAAGUACGGCAUCGAGAUGAAGGAGAAGACUUUGUAA